AUGGAGGGCAUGAGGGGCCGGCCAAAAAUGGUCAACAUUUUGGAAACCACAAUGAACUUCUUGGACCGGCCGUUUGAGAGUGUGCUCCACCCCUUGCGGCUGACCUUGCCACCCUCAGCUGCAGUUGGGGCUGCCCUGCCAGACUGCAGCUUGCGGCUGGUAGUAGGAUUCACUCGGAGCUUGGCAUCGAAGAUGCUGCUGCAGUUGGUCCUCUCCAGUGGGCUCAGCGCUGAUGAGAUUGGCUGCUUGAUGCCACAAAUCAAGGCAGCCAUUGUGAUGCAUGCCGUGGUGGAGAUUGGCAGUGAAGAGCAGCUUCUGCAGCGGUCGUUGCUGUCCAAGUUCCAAGUGGCUGAAUCAACAAGACCGGAUGUCCUGCAGAUCUACGAGGGCUUUGUGAAGUACUGUGCGAGGGCUGGCCUGAAGUAUGCCGAAGCCAUCUCUGACCAGAUCAGCCGCUUCAACAUGAACAGCAGCACGGACACUUCCAAAAUUUCUGAGCAGGAAGAGAAAAUGCUGCGAAUGCUGCCGAAUCAGGAUGAGCUGUUCCUGAAGCUGUUGUCUUCCCAUUGGGACAACUUCAAGGCUGGUGAAAGUGGAGCAACGCUUCGAACCUUGGUCACGCACUGUGACCGUGUGUUGCCUCGCGAUGACACCAAGCCAGCAAUUUGGACUGCGAUCAUGGCCCCUUCGCCUGCCAAGAACCUGCUGUUCCUCCAAAGGCUGAUUGAGGUUUACAUGAGAAACUUCAAGGAUGCCAUCAAGGGUGGCAAGAAGGUGAACUUGGCAUUUCGGGCUGCCCGGCUUCGAGAACAGGCGCCAGCGGAUGCCUACAACUUCUGCUGCCUGUACCAGCAAUUCUUGCCACAGUUCAAGCAGCAGCUCAGUGAUGGCCAGCUGAAGGCUGCAACAGCGGCCUUUGUGAAAGGCGCUUACGACAAGGAGUUUCUUGCCCAGGUGAGGGCCUUGGAUGCGGAGGUCAGCUGCAAGUCCUUCCGCUUUGUGAGCUUGCUGCAGGGAAAGGCCACGAGUCUCCAGAGCCUUGAGCAGCAGCAGGAGAAUGCGGAGAGUGAGGCAGAGGCUGCCCAGCUGAAGGCCUUCACUGUGAAGCUUCAGAAGGAGCAGGGCAUCUUUCUGGACUUCAAGUCUGCACUCAAAGACUUUCACUCCAAGCACGCAGCCAGUCACCGUGACCACCUGCUCCAGCAGAAGCGCGACCUGGAGGCUGCAUCCCGAGCGUAUCAGGAGAACUGGAUCAGGGUGCUGGAGCGGGAUGACUUCGUCACAACGACCAUCCAGAACAUCGUGACGGAUUUCGCGCAGAAGCAGUCGACGCUGGAGGAGCAUGUGUACAAGUGCUUGUGGUGUGACUUGACAAAGCUGGGUGCUGCCCACAGCAAGCACCUGAUGACCAUGGUCAGCAUCUUGGCUGAGAAUGUGGCAGCGAUGCCUGCGAAGACGGUUGCGCUGAUUGCGGUUCCCAACACGGCCACGUGGGGCUCGGUGUACAGCGAGGCCGAGAUCUUGAAGGCGGUGGCCACGGUGGAGGAGACUCUGCGAAGCCAGGAAGCAGAGCUUCUGGUUCGGCGGGCUGUGCUGUCCUUUUCGGAAGAAAGCCUGAAAGGCUCGACGCGCCCUGGAUGGCAUGAUGUGCUGGUUGCCAUCAGCAAGGUGGAGAAUGCCCAAGGGGAGCUGGUCAGUGACUUCACGAAAAGUUACCUUUGGCAGCGUCGCCAUGUCCAUGACGUUGAGGCAAGGCCUGUGGGCCAAUUCGUUGUGCCUGACUUGCAGUUGCAGACUGGCGCCCUCAAUAGCUCCAAGGCGCAACGGUCAAAGCAGCAAGUGACUGGCGUCGACCUGUUCCUCAAGCUCCAGCAGGUGCUGUGGCGUGGAGUCCAGACCUUCGGCAAGUCAUGCAUUUGGUUUGACCUCACGCCCUACGAUGCUUCGCUUGCCCAGUCGGUCACUCUCAAGAACGCGCAGGGGAAGCAGGAUGAGCCGGAGUCCACUCAAAGUGUUGCCCAAAUCAUCUUUGCCACGGAUGACUCGGGCGCUGACAACCGCAAGGUGAUCUUUCAGUACAUCACGGCAGUUGUCAGACAGCAAAUCCAAAAGCUGGCCAAAGAAGACAAGAUCCUGAAGCUUGACGGCUUUGUGGAGCGCAACUUUGAGGCUGAGAAAAUGCCCAGCUACGACGAGAAGCACUUUGAGCUUUGCAUGGUGCAAACGCAGGAGGGCGGUGGACACUGCCUGCUUCUCAGAGAGGCUGCUUUGGAGAAGCUUGUGUUCAACCGGUACAAGCAGGACUUUGACAAGCUGGUGGCCUUGCACAACAGCCAGCACAACCCAAGUGGCCAAAGCUUCAAGGAGAAGAAGCGCACAGCAACGGUGGCCCAACUUGACCUGGACAAGGAGCCGAAGCUCCAGUGCCCACCCGUUGAGAAAACCAAGGACGACCUUGACAAGCCACUGGUCGUGCUGCCUGCCACGAGCAUCAGCAACUUUGAGAUUGUGAUCGAUGCCAAGAAGCAAGUGUUCCUGCUGUCCAACUUUGAUGGUGUGGUGACACACCACAGGCCGCUCUUCCUGGGAUGGGGCGAGUACAGGACGGCAGGGGAGGUGGAGAAAAGGGAGAAGGCCAAGGCCAUGAUGCUACCCUUUAAGAUGGACACCCCGGAGUACAAGGCCUUCUUCUUCCACGACAGCACAACAUUCACGCCUGGGUAUCCUGAGGCAGUUUCCAGCCUGGCAGACUUCCUGAGGUUCUUGGAGGGCAAGGGUGUGGUGAAGCCCAGCAUUGCGUGUCACGCUCUCGAAGUCGUAGCUGGGGCAACAGACAAGGACUGCUACAAGGUCAACAAUGACAAGCUGUGCUCCUUUGAGUUAAAGCCUGUCCCGCCCAAGAGUGAGGUCACCUACCAGAACGGGGGCUCCCUCCUGAAAGUGCAGAAGCAGGAAAUUGGAAAGCUGAAGAUCAUGAUGCGCCUGAAGUUCACGAAGUCUGAGUCUGGCGCCGGGAUCUAUCCCCAGAAGCCUGGCUUCUUUUUGGCCCAGCCACUAAGUGUGGCGAAAGGCCAAAUGUAUCAGCUAGUGUAA